ACUCAUCUAUCACGGUGAAGAUAGUAGACCUCCCGAGCUCUUUUCCGACUAGAGGCCUGUACCAUUUUCUUUUAUAACGCAUAUCGGACAUUCGGACGGAGUAAAAGCGAUAGCACUACUUAACUGUGAUGGCAUCAGCUGCUGUACGAGCACAAGUUGCAGCCAAAUGGCAAGAAUCUUUCAACCGCCUUAAUCGCAACGAGCCAGGAAUAUCUGGUUUAAUGACUUUUAGCGAGGCAUGGACUCUGGCAAUAGAGUUUCUUAAACCGCGAGAUUUGAGCGACCCUACGCCACACAAGCAAUAUGACCUGAAUAAAGUGAGAGCGGCAUUUGGCGUUGUCGGCGAGUGCAGGAGGUUGCCUGUCAUGAUGGAGGUUUUCCUUGGUAAGACUGCUAAUUUAUGAUGUCGCAUCUUUUCUGACGGAUGGAGAGGACAUGCGGAAGAGUCAACACUUGAUCACUCGAGAAGUUGAGGCAUAUAUGACGCUUUAUGAGAGUAACUCCGAUCCAGAAGCAAUACGCUCG